GUUGUUUAUCACAACUUUGCCUCAGUAAGGCCUGAGUUUCUUUCGAACAGGAGCUCUGCUUCCCAUGACGCAGGCUGAAGUGUCAAUUGGGAUAUUUCUGGUAAAACUGAAAGCAAAGCAGGGUGCCAGCCCCUGGGGGACUGUGGGUGGAGUAGGGGGGGGAGCUUGGGUGCCAUACACAAGUGACAGAUGGAUAGACCUUCCAUCUGAAAGAAAGGAGGAGACACGUGAGCAAAUCACCCUCAAACCUACGACUGCCUCUGAAGAGUCGUGAGGCGGAAAAGACAGACAAGCCAAAGGGAAGAUCAGAAAGGCGAGAAGGGCACAGACUGUGACACACUGGCCACUUCACCAGCUACUCACCCAAACCAGAAGCAAAAUGUCCCUGAAAUUGCCAAGGAACUGGGAUUUCAACCUGAAAGCAGAGGCUGCAAAAAUAGCUCGGUCAAGAAGCGUGAUGACCGGGGAGCCGAUGGCGGCCUUUCACCCACCAUCCACCCCCAAUCCUCUGGAAAGGCCCAUCAAGAUGGGCUGGCUGAAGAAGCAGCGGUCCAUCGUGAAAAACUGGCAGAAUCGAUACUUCGUGCUGAGGGCUCAGCAGCUCUACUACUACAAGGACGAAGAGGACUCAAAGCCACAGGGCUGCAUGUAUCUGCCAGGAAGUACAAUCAAGGAGAUAGCCACAAACCCCGAAGAGGCUGGGAAGUUCGUGUUUGAAGUUAUUCCAGCCUCAUGGGACCAGAACCGAAUAGGAGGACAGGAUUCUUAUGUCCUCAUGGCCAGCUCCCAGACAGAGAUGGAGGAGUGGGUUAAGUUCCUCAAGCGAGUCGCUGGCACACCUUCUGGAGCGGUGUUUGGGCAGUGCCUGGCUGAGACUGUGACCUACGAACAGAAGUUCGGCCACCACCUGGUGCCCAUCCUGGUGGAGAAGUGCACAGAGUUCAUACUGGAGCAUGGCGUGAGUGAAGAAGGCAUCUUCCGCCUGCCUGGUCAGGACAACCUGGUGAAGCAGCUGAGAGAUGCUUUUGAUGCUGGGGAACGGCCCUCCUUCGAUAGAGACACAGAUGUACACACGGUGGCCUCUCUGUUAAAGCUUUACCUCCGAGAUCUCCCAGAGCCAGUGGUUCCUUGGAGCCAGUAUGAAGGUUUCCUGCUCUGCGGGCAGCUCAUGAAUGCUGAUGAGGCAAAGGCUCAGCAGGAGUUGAUAAAGCAGCUCUCUAUCCUUCCUCGUGACAACUAUAAUCUCCUGAGCUACAUCUGCAGGUUUCUGCAUGAAAUCCAAUUGAAUUGCGCUGUCAACAAGAUGAGUGUGGACAACCUGGCCACCGUGAUUGGGGUGAAUCUCAUCAGGUCCAAGGUUGAAGACCCUGCUGUGAUCAUGAGAGGGACUCCUCAGAUUCAAAGAGUGAUGACCAUGAUGAUCAGAGACCACGAGGUCCUCUUUCCUAAAUCCAAGGAUGCACCACUGUCGCCCCCUGUCCAGAAAAACGACCCCAAGAAACCCCCAGUACCCCGAAGCUCUGUGGGCUGGGAUGCCACUGAAGACCCUCCACUUUCCAGGACAGACAGCUUCAGUAACACGGCAAGUGACUCUGAUGCCACCAGCCCCACUGGACGACAGCCAGGCAACCAGCAUCAAGAGGACGAUGACCAAGUCCCCAGGGAAAAGCCAGGAGACUGGAAGGUGCAAUCUCGAAAGAGGACUCAGACACUCCCCAACCGGAAGUGCUUCUUGGCAUCAGCAUUCCAAGGCACCAACAGCAGCAAACUGGAAAUCUUUAAAAAUGAGUUCUGGUCUCCAUCUUCAGAAGCUAAAGCAGGGGAGGGGCACAGGAGAACUAUGUCUCAAGACCUUCGUCACCUUUCCAACGACCAGCGGACUUCUACCUAUGAUAACGUCCCUGCCCCACCAGGGUCCCCAGGGACCCCAGCAGGUGCACUCUCUCCCCCUGCCUGUGACUCCAAGAGAGAUGUUCUUGUCAGUACAAACUCUGAAAUGGGGCCUGGAAGAAAGGACUCUGGAGAAGAGGAGAUUGAUUCUUUGCAGAGGGUGGUCCAGCAGCUGAGGACAGAAAUAGAAACUCAGAAGCAGAUGUAUGAGGAACAGAUUAAAAACCUUGAGAAGGAAAAUUACGAUGUCUGGGCUAAGGUGGUAAGACUCAAUGAGGAACUGGAGAAAGAAAGGAAGAAGUUUGCAGCUCUGGAGAUCAGCCUUCGCAACGUGGAGCGCUCCCGGGAGGAUGUUGAGAGGAGGAACAAGGUUUUGGAAGAAGAAGUCAAGGAAUUUGUGAAAUCGAUGAAGGAACCCAAGACAAAGACCAAUGCUUGAGGGCCUGAGGUGUGUGGCAGGGACAGCCAACUCUGUCCCUUUUCUCGAUAUACCAAUUCCUGGGAAGCAAGAUCACCCCUAAGAUGGAUAGGACAUCUGAGGGAAGAGUCAUAACAUCAGCAAAUAAAUGGAGUUUGCAAGAGGAUGUGGGUGAGCAGGGACACACCAGCACACUCAAACAGACUGUGUUAUUCUACCGUAGGAAGAGUGAACUGGACCCCUCCCUGGUGCAUGACCACGUCAAAGGGAGACGUGUGAGGUGGGUGCAACAUCUCAGGACCCAGGAAGAAGGCUGGCCCCAACCCAGGGCAGGGUCAAAGCCUCAGUUCUUGGUUUUCUGUGUGGAUAGCUCACCUGGUCAGAUGGCUCCAGCCAGCUCUGAGACAUGAGCAGAACACGAUACUUGGUUCUCAGGUGCCGACCCAGAGAGGGCUGUGUGGGGAGGCUGACGUGCUGGAGAAUCCAUACAGUAAAGUGUAUUUAUGGGAGCAAAACUGGUGGGAAAGCUGUAUUGAAGUAAAGUAAAAAAGAAAACAAGAAAUGAGUCAUGCCAAUCCAAGCACGUUAAAGAAUUAGUAAAAGACAUCACUCCCUUGAAGCAGGCAAGUCCCUCUCAUGGCGCAGGGCUGUGUGAGCAGGGCUUGUGCUAGAGUCCAUCCUGGGUUACCUUUUGGUGGCUGCAACUGUGUCUGGAAAGCCUAAGAGUGAAGGUUUUUAGCUAUGGAUUGACGUCGGGUGUGUUGUAGAUAUUGAACAGUCCAGAUAAGACUGUUUUUCUGUUUCAACAAAUGCACAUUAUUUUUUUAAAACGUGGUAUCAGGCACUAUUUUCUGUUUGUUGUCUCCCUGCCUUCCUUAGUCUAUGACUUACUGCUCAAAACGUGAAAGGUACAGAUAAGAGGACUAGAGAAAUAGCUCAGUCAGUGGUAAAAGCACCUGCCACCAAGCCUGAUAUGACCUGAGUUUUA